AGAGCUGGCAACAAAGCUCACAUAGGUUUACUUAACCUGUAAAGCGACACAUUGCACUGGUCUGUUUUGAAUUUUCAAAUUAAUAAGUUUGUUAUAAAAUUUACAAAUAAUUUACAUUCAGCCAACAAAGUUUGAAGGAUGAGUACCAUUCUAGAGAAAAUUGCUGCCAUCGAAUCGGAGAUGGCAAGAACCCAGAAAAAUAAAGCAACUGCUGGACAUUUAGGUCUUCUGAAAGCCCGACUAGCUAAACUUAGACGAGAACUCAUUACUCCAAAAGGAGGUGGUGGAGGCACUGGAGAAGGUUUCGAUGUUGCAAAAACUGGAGACGCUAGAGUUGGAUUCGUUGGGUUUCCGUCUGUAGGAAAGUCUACCCUUCUUAGUAAUUUGGCAGGGGUGUAUUCUGAAGUAGCGGCAUAUGAAUUUACAACCCUUACAACUGUGCCGGGUUGCAUUAAGUAUAAAGGGGCGAAAAUACAGUUGUUGGAUUUGCCCGGAAUUAUUGAGGGAGCUAAAGAUGGGAAAGGUCGUGGUAGACAAGUAAUAGCAGUUGCCAGAACUUGUAGUUUGAUAUUUCUUUGCUUGGACGUUCUUAAGCCUCUAGUUCAUAAGAAAUUGAUUGAACAUGAAUUGGAGGGAUUCGGCUUACGUCUCAACAAACAGCCACCAAAUAUUUAUUUCAAAAAGAAAGAUAAAGGUGGAAUAAACUUGAAUUGCAUGGUGACUCAAUCGGAAUUAGAUGCAGAUACUGUAAAGACUAUCUUGUCAGAGUAUAAAAUUCAUAACGCUGAUGUUACUUUGAAAUAUGAUGCUACCAGUGAUGAUUUAAUUGACGUUAUUGAGGGAAAUCGCAUUUAUGUUCCUUGUAUUUAUAUUUUAAACAAAAUAGAUCAAAUUAGCAUUGAAGAACUAGACGUAAUUUAUAAGAUACCUCAUUGUGUACCGAUUUCUGCUCAUCACAAAUGGAACUUUGACGAUUUAUUGGAAAAAAUGUGGGAAUACCUCAAACUAGUAAGAAUAUACACGAAGCCAAAAGGCCAACUGCCUGAUUACAACUCUCCCAUUGUGUUGCAUUUAGAUCACAUUUCAGUUGAAGACUUUUGCAAUAAAUUGCACAGAAGUAUUGCUAAAGAAUUUAAAUAUGCUCUUGUAUGGGGUUCAUCUGUUAAGCAUCAGCCCCAGAAAGUUGGACUGGAACAUAUACUCGCUGAUGAAGAUGUUGUGCAAAUAGUAAAGAAAGUUUGAUAAGAUAUUUUUUUAGACUUGUAGGUUUUAUGACAAAUUACUAUAGCAGGUCUUAACAGUUUUUAACGCCCGAUUUUGUGCAUGAUUAACUAACGGUUAUUUCAUAGGAAAACUUUUUUGUUUAUUUUAUAUCUCAUUUAUCAAGUGAAUUAAAUAAAGCCUUACUCAAUUUAGUUGGACUCUCAACUCUUGGAAUGAAGAAUAAUUUUCCAGUUACUAUUUUUAAAAACUUGAAUAAAGCAUUGUUACAUUGA